GGAGAGAGCUGUGCGAGCGUGGGGGAGAGCACUAGGGAUACAGCGAUGAGCUCCCAUGGAUUUACAGUGGUGAGAAGAAGAGAUACAGAAACUCAAAAGGUUUUUCGUUGGAAUAUACGUUGCACAUUUAUGGCGAUUCUGAGUGUGAGGGCAGACUUCUGCCAGGCUCAGCACAGCAUUUUCGCUGACAAGUGA